GGAGUAUGUUUACAAUACACAAAGCCAGCGUCGAGAAAGUUUCAAGAUUUUCUUNAAUGCCAAAGUAUCCUGACUAUGCAGAUCCUCGCCGUCUUUAUUCAAAGCAUAGUGNGACUUGAACAGCAGUUGUAUCAUUCAACUGCCGCUUAAAGAGAAACUUUGCUUUUUGUAUCAGUCGGAUAUAACAGAUUAUUUGCACUUUCAAUAUCUUACUUGAAAGGUAUAUUCUUAUUGUAUCCGUUGUUAUCGAGCGUUUUGUUGAUGUUUGCAUAUGCUUGGUGAUUUCCAAAAUAAUAGAGUUUCAUACUUUUCAUCACCAAUAAAACACAUUCUUUUCUCCAGUUUCCCGGUAUAAGGUAUUCCAUGAAUGACCUUCAAGAGAGUGUCCUUGAGCGAUAACUUGGGUCUCAGGAUUGCAGUUCCAUCAAGAAAAUACUCAUAAUUGCUAUGAAUCAGAUCAGCUCACUCCUUAUUACUUUAAAACUUUGUAUAGAGUUUGCAAGUAUCCAUUAACGCCAUUUCUUAAACUACAACGUCUCUCAGCCAACAUAAGGGUCUUGCAGAGUAAAGGUUUUUAAAUAUGGAAUGGCUUUCAGUUAGGAAAUGGUUGAAGGUUAUACAAGUCUGCUUUAGCAAAAUAAUUUUUGGGCUCUAUCUUACUCUGUUUUAGCAUCGUUGUGAGGAAAACUAACGGCUAUAGUUACUAUAUUGGAAGCCCCAUUUGAUAUCCUUAUAGAAGACAUAUUCACAACUUGGUCAUGAAGUCGAA